AUGGCGACAGGAGCAGAAGCAGCAUGCGUCGUGUGUCGCGAGCCCGCUCACAAUAAGUGCGGUGCUUGCAAUCCGGAUACCUCAUCGCCUCACUACUGCGGCAAGGCCUGUCAAGUUAAUGAUUGGCCGGCUCACAAAGAGACUUGCAAGGAUAUCCAGCUUGAGAAGAAGCUUACUCGCGUCGCUGCGAUCCUUCAACAAGGCUAUUACGACUUCCGCAAGAACACCUGGGACAGGCGCAUCGUCAAGGUCGAACGUCUUCGGAAUGAUGAUCUGGUAUUACACGAAGCUGAUCGAAUUCACGGUAUCAACGCAAAGUACUUCCUCCAAUUUCCCCAGCAUCUCGCCACCGACAAGCGAACUGGAAACGCUAUGCUCUGUGUGAAUGUAUGCAACGAUCCUCCGGCUUGGAUGUACAGCAUCAUUGAAGAACUCUUGAGAGGUCUGGCCGUCAAGGUUGAGGAAGUCAGCGUAGAUCUCAAAUUACCUCCUCACAAGGUCAUCCUCCACUACGACAACGGCCAAGGAGACUGCAACUACCCAAGAUACCAUCACGAAAUCAUUCGCGUUACAUCGAUUAAGACCAAGAAGGCAUGGGUCAUAGACAUCAGCGGCGCACAAUACGGUAUCCAUCAGGCAUUGUGGUCAUGGCAAGAGUAUCAGACUCGUUUCAUGAAACAGGUCGACCAGGUUUAUCCAUUCGGUACAAACAAAGCCUUCCUCAAGAAGAUUGGUGGCCUCUCUGGAUAUCCGUCUAUGAGCAGCGGUGUGGUUGGAAAGAUAGCAGACUAUCUUGCUAAUAAGGUCAAGAACGACUGGCAGGCUACAUCUGGCUUCAGUCUGUCCCAAAUGGUUGCGACAGACGAAGAGAACUUCGCUAAAGGCAAGUUGGACCUUCUGAGAUUCAUGGAUAGCGUGGUUCGUACGUUCGUCCACGCCAACGAGUUUCGAGCAGAGUACAGAGCCAUGGAUGCUUUUGAGUGGGGGAAUCCUGGCGAUAGUCAACGCCUUAUCAAGGAAGUCUCCGAAACCUUCUUUGGUAGCCUGGCUAGCCUCUAG